AUGAAAUUAGGACUUGAAAUUAAAUCAGGACUUGAGAGAGCAUUAAGUGGAGAAUUAAAGAAAGCAACAAAAUUAGAAGAAGCAGAGACACUCCCCUCCUACUUCGUCUUCGUCUUCGUCGUCAUCUUUGUUCCAGCUCUCAUCUCCGAAGACGAAUUACUGAAUUUCAAGAAUUGCUGCAAAAUCGCGUCAAUAAGCUGCGUUUCCGUUCGAUUCCUACUUCAGAAGCUCCAAUACUUGAGAAUCGGCGGAUCCAUACUCAGCUUCUGGCAAGUGUUGCGGUUUUGGAGCUCCUGGACUUGGAGUUGUUUGAUUUUUCUAGCUCCUAUUGUGACUGAUUUGAUAUUUGUGAUGAUAUCAUAA